AGCCAGAGCAGCGAAGGCACAGCACGGAUGAGGCGCAUGCGCGGUGCUGGACGGCGCUGGAGCUGCGGGCCCGGCGCGGGCUCGCGGAGGGGUCGGGGGGCAGCCGUUGGCGGAGGCGAGGCGGCGUGCGGCUGGCGGGGCCUGGCGGGCGGCUCGCCGCAGCAGCUGGCGGAGCGAUACGCGGACUUGGCCGCCAGCCACAGCGAGGCGGUGCGGGCCCGCGAGGAGCGGGAGCGCCAGAACGCGCGGCUGCGGGACGAGAACGCGCGGCUGCGGCUGGAGAACCGCCGGCUGCGCCGGGAGAACCGCAGCCUCUUCCGCCAGGCGCUGCUGGGGCCCGGGCCGGAGCCCGACGCGCCGCCCCGCCCGGGCUCCGCCCCCGAGCAGCAGCUGGAGGAGGAAGCGGCGCUCGCGGCCCAGCUGCGGCGGCUGCAGGAGAGGCACCGCCGGGCCCUGCAGCAGCUGCGGCGCCGCCGCGCCCAGGACGGGUUGGAGGAGGACGGGGAGCUGGACGAGCUGCUGCGGGAGUUGGACGGGGAGCAGCCACAGCCGCCGCCGCCGGAGAAGAGCCUGGUGCCGCCCCUAUAGCCCGGGGAGGCUGACGGGGCUCCGCAGUGGUUUGGGGACCUCUCCUUUGGUACCUGAGGCGGACCCAGCUGGCUGCAGCCUGCGGCCGCCUCACGGCGGGGCUCCUCUGCCCCACAGGGCUUUGGGGUCCCAGAAGUAGGCACGGGAGCUUUCUGCAGGAGAAGCCACAGCAUCUGGACGAGGCCCCCGGGAGCCCCACGCAGCAGGAGGGAAAGGGCCUCACAGCGCAGGUGCCUCGUGCCCUUGGAUGUUGAGGAGAAGUUCGUCCUAGAGGGAGAAAUGGAUUCUGGACUUUGCCGCCUCCUGGCAUUGCCCUGUUUGCCUUCUCAGCUUUGAUUUUGGACCUGUGUGUCUUGUUAUCUUUGUGCAGGAGUGAACAAAUCUCAUAGAGGCCAUAAUAGCUCUGUAGAUGACCCAACAAUGGCACAUUUUUUAGCCUGCUACUAGGUUUUAGUACACAUGUAUAUCAGUUUAAAAAAUGAAAAGUUUGUGUGCCAGAUUUAUUUUGACAGCACUUUAAAUGAAAGCUGAUAAUCCUGGGAAUCCUUCUGAAUUGGUUGGCUGCCACUCCAUUCUCUGUAUAUCUUUGACUAUUGAUUUGUUCAUCCUUGUUUGUUGCAUAAUUGGUCUAGACAUGGCACAUCCAGUUCAUAAAACCACAGGUCAUACUAAAUAAAUCCUUGACAACCAAAA